CACACCCACGGACGGCGAUUGGGCAUUGCGAGCAUGGCGGAGGAAGCCGAAGUCGAGUCGUUCGGGCCGCCCGAGCCCGUCGCGCCGUGGAACUGGUCGAGCAUCCCCGACUACGGCCCCGUGCAGCAGUACCAGCACGUCCUCGCCUUCCUCCUAAUCGGCGUCGGCAUGACGCUCAUCUACGAAUACACCACGUACUUUGACCAAGUCUCGCGUGAGUUUGCCUACCCGCUCAUCUGGAUCGCCAUCUUCUUCCGGCUCCUUGCGCACCUCUCGCCCCGCGAGCUUAGCGAGGACGAGGAAAUCGUGGCCCGCGAAAAGGCCGAGGCUCUCGCCUUCAAGCAGCGCCUCGCCGCGCUCGCCAACGACGAUGACGAGGACGAGGACGAUGCGAACGAGGUGCAGCCGUCCGCCGACGCUCUGCGCGCCAAGAAGCAGCAAUAAGCAGGCAAUCACACAUAUAUCGGUUGCUGCAUUUUGUAUCAA